UCUUCUGCCUCACCAAAAAGCAAAAUAACCAACAACGCCCAUAUGGCCAUAUCCACUACAACCACUUCUCUUUCCAUCCUCCUCACUUCAUUAUCCCUUCUUCUUCUUCUUCUUCUUCAACCUUUUGCCAUUAAUGCCGCACGCCCAGCCCCGGCCUCCACCGAUACCAGCAAGAAGCUGCAGAAGGAAUGCUUCGGUGAAUUUGCCGGAAACAAUAAUCCGGGCUUCAGCGGCAUCACAUCCGGCGCCGGAAGUACUCGUACUUCCAACAAUGUUCCUUCUUUCACUGACUUUGAUCAUAGUGGCCCAGCUGCAGCUAAUGGACGCUAUAUCCCUGGCUUUGACGAUACUUUCGUGCCAAACCCGGGAUACGAAAUUCCCAGAUCCUCUGGCGGAGCUUCACUUCCUUGACAUUGGUGGUCAUAAAAUUUAUUAGUGCGGGUUAAAUUUUAAUACCGCACAGCAGAAUUUAAGAUUUUAAGGCAGUGCGUGAAUGGAUGGCUUCUGUGGGCUUUUAUCAUGUUAAUUUGGGGCUACAUUUGAUCAAAGAAAUAAAGCAUAUUUCAAUUUGCAAA